CGAUCGUGACUGUCACUUAUUUCGGGCCGAAUAUUAUCCUUCGAAAAACAGAAGAGCGUCUAAAAAUGGCUACAGACUGUGGGGACGGUGAUUACCUCCGUGCAUACCGCCGGUUUUUCGUGAAUUUCGUCGCCGAUGUUGACCCCGAUGAUCAGCUGCCUGUCAAAGUGAGCACUUACGAUCUCACGGAAGCUGAGAUUAGCGGCGAGAUUAUUGACUGGACGUUACAAUACCUCAAUCAACAGUGCUGUCCACCUAGCCUACAAUCGUACCUGGUCCACCUCGUUAUGGAGGAGGUGAAACUGUUGUGCAGUAAACAACCGGAAACAUGCGGCUGGCGAGUCCAGGAGAACACAUUCGCUCCCCUGGGGCUCAUGCACGCGGUCACUAACAAGGUCAACGAGAUCUGCAUGCGGUAUCUCGACAACAGCAGACUGGCAUUACUGCCACCACCUCCUUCGACCCCAAUUCCGCUUGUCUCGAGAUGCGCGAUUAAAAACAGCAGACGGAAAAUGGAAGAUAGACACGUCGUCAUACACGACUUGCACACAUUAUUCAGUAUUCAGGAUGACUCCGUGGGUAAUUACUACGCGGUGUUCGACGGCCACGCCGGACAAGAUGCUGCGGUUUAUUGCGCGGCGCAUCUUCAUCAGUAUUUAGCAGAGAGUAUUCAUUAUCCUACAGAUCCCGAACGUGCCUUGCGGGACGCUUUUCUCACCACCGAUGCACAUUUCAUCGAAAAAUCAAACAAACAGAAUCUCAACAGCGGUACGACCGCAGUAUGCACUUUAGUGUUAAAUAGAAAGCUCUACGUAGCCUGGGUCGGCGAUUCCCAAGCAGUACUUGCGAGGCGGGGCCAAAUUACUCAGCUCGUGAAUCCGCACAAACCAAACAGAGAUGACGAAAGGGAGCGUAUCAUCGAUAUGGGAGGAACGGUUAUGUACUGGGGAACAUGGCGAGUCAACGGACAGCUCGCAGUAUCGAGGGCGAUAGGUGACGUACAGCACAAACCCUACGUAACCGGGGAUCCGGAUAUAAGGUGCAUCCCCUUCGACGGAACGGAAGACUUUUUAAUCGUCGCAUCGGACGGUCUCUGGGACUUCGUAAACGAGGCUCAGGCGACGACGCUGGUCUACGAACAACUGCGAGAAGAUCCACGUGACAUCGAAGCGGUCAGUCAGCGUUUGGCGUCGUUCGCGAGGAGCCAAGGGUCCAUCGACAACAUAUCAACGAUAGUCGUAUUUCUGACGAACCCCCGUCAGAUAGCUUCCCGUCAUCCCUCAUCUCACCCGCUGCUCGCGGAUGUUCAACUGAACAACAUGGAGUCGACGAAUCCGUUUCUCAGCAACGCCAACGGCCUCCAAUACGACGUGAAUCCGUUCGGCAAACAGCAGCAGCAGCAGCAGACGAACGGCAGCUGCGCCGAAAAUGACGAGAAUUUCCACAAUCGCGGCAAUCCGAUGGAUUCGCCGAGCAACGGCGGUAAGCACGGAAACGGUACCGACGAUUACGAGAACAACGCGGGUAUGAGUCCCGACGACGACGACGACGACGACGACGAAGACGACGACCUUGGCCCCGAAACCGACGUGGACGCCGUCGACGAGGGUAUCGAAACCCACGCACCUCCUCCUCCCCUCGUCGACGAGAAUUCCUCCCGGGAGCUUUUCCAGGAAAAGCACGACGACGGAGAGAAUUUGGACACGGCUCGGGAUCACUUCGACGACCCCGAGGAAAAGAAACUACCGGAUACCCGGAACGCUCCAGAGGGUGAUCAGCAUGCACUGAUUCCCGAGGCAGAUAAUGUAGCGGACAGCGAGGACUCUGAGGACGAGUGGAAUUAUUAUCCCAUAAGUAAGCAGAAGGAACGAUCCGCUCCUGCGGAGGUUGCCGACCGCAAAGACGACAAGGUUAUCACGGGGGAAGAAGCUGCGAACGAAGAAAUCAACGAUCAAAUUGAAAAUCAAUUGUCCGAUACCGCUGGCCUUGGUGCGGGCGAUUUUUCAAAGGAAGAAAAAAUCGAACAACCCGAGCUAAUUGAAACCGAUAUUUGUGCCAAACCGAAACCGCACGAAGAGAUCGGCGGAGUGGAACAAGACGACAUGGACUUCCAGUUGAAUCCUAACGCGGCGGAAUUCGUGCCGGUUUCGCCGCCGAAGUCGCUCACGUCCAGGGUGAAUUUGAAUCAAGAUUUUCUGCUCUCCGGAUCGCCGCAAAAACAAACUCCGGAAGUAAACGACAUUCCCGUACCUACCCAGGGUGACUUCCAGACUGAAAUAUCGCUACGACCCCACGAAACCGAAUGCCCCAACGGCGAAUCAACCAAAGAGUUGCCUCAGACCGACUUUUCCGAGUAUCUGAUGGAUCGUUUGAAGAGCAGCAACGGCAUACCUCCCGAAUUGGACGAGUCCGAAAUAUCAUCCACGAGGGCUGAGUUCGGCGAUGAAUCCACCAUGAGUUUCAUGACCGCGCCGGAUCUGCAGAGAACUGGUAUUUCCGUCGCCGACGACUCCUUCACCGGAUCGGACCGCGAAGAAUACGACAUAGCCAAGGAUCCUAUGGCCAUGUCGUUCACCCCGGGUGAUUUCCAAGCGGCUUUCGAGGCCGAGUGCGACCUCAACGUCGUUCAUCAGUUGAACGACUCCGACCUAGUCGUCGAAGAUGACCUCGCCGGUUUGCGCGACGAAGAAGGUCGCACACCGCAGUCCCCCGAUCUUCAUCCGGAGCUCACGACUCUCGUCACACCGGACACCGACCAUCCUCCUCCGACAACUGCGUUCCCAGUAAGUACGGGUGACAAGAUGCCGGACAUUGUAGAUGAUAACCGCGAGACGGUCGAACGCGAACCUUCCACCGUAUCGAAAUCCGAUUCGCCCGAGCCGUUCAUCGAAAACGAAGCAGGCGUAGCUUCCGGUUUGGUGGAGAUAAUUCCAUCCGUCGAUACAGGGGCCAGCUGUGUCUUGGCUCCGUCGCCUUCCGCCGACAAAGAUUCCAAUACUUUGGACGCACGAGCUUCAGAUACGUCCUCCGCGUUGGACGCUGGUGUCGAGCCAGAGCCGGCGUUGCAACCGUUCUGUACCAUUACCAACAAAACCGAGCCAUUGAUUCCUUCGCCAACGGAGGAAGCUGAAGUUAUGGCUUCGCACGAGGGCGCGCCGAACGUUGCUUCGGAAGUAGCUUCGUUGUUAGGGGAGGAGAUUUCAUCACCGUUGCAGGUCGCUUCGCCCCCCUCCGAUACCGCAAUCCAGGAUUUCGAAAGGACGCUAACUCCUACGGCCGAGGCGAUUCAGUCUGGCCCCGAAAACGUUUCCGCUGUUUCCGACUUCGAUCCGUUUUCAGUGGUGGAAUCUUUCGCGAAAGAUUCCACGCCGAUGUUCGGUGCAGAAACGGGGAGUAACGGCGUAACCGACACAUCACCCCUGCCGCAAAUCCGAUCGUCCUUCAACGAGGAACUUCAAAGUUCACCCGACGAGAAUUUCAAACUUGUUUUGGAUCAGACGGAAAUCAACGAAUCAAGCUCGGUAUCUAGGCACGAAGAAAAUCUAUUCGACGUCGAAACUCAGCCAGCCGAAAAACUCGGCGCUUUCGAAUCGUUGUCCACUGAGAACUCGGUCAAGGAAACUCUCUCGAGUCAAAAUGUUUUCGACGUUGCUCAACCGCCAUUCAGCACUACGACGUUCUCGCGGAAUUAUUUGGCAGAUGAGGUGAAUCUGGAGAAAGAAGAAUCUUGCCAAUUGUCGUUGCAGCAGCAAUCGACCGAGGAGGUUUCGCUACCGCGAGAAGAAAAACAGCUCGAAGCUGUCUCUGGGACAGAAAUCGACGCUCAUGAGGAUAUUUCGGUACCUGCGGAUGCGCCCCUUCCUCAGGAAACGGAGGCGCCCCUUCCUCAGGAAGACUCGAAGACUCCGGAUACCCUUGCGCACGAAGAACCGACGAUUGUCGCGCCCAUCAUGAACUUGUCCGCGUCCAUGCAAGAGUUUACCGGUCUCGAGCAACAGUUGAAUCCGGAACCAAGUGCCCCCUUGUUGAACGGAGAUGCUUCGGAUGUGGAUACAAAGUUAGAAUCUCAAAGCCCAGCCGUUGAAGCCACGGAAAAUCUCAGUGAACAGGAAAUACCGUCAGAGGAUAGUACCGCGAAAACCGAAGUGGUGGAAAAAAUUGAAGAAAUGGAGAAAACAGAGCGAAAGACUGCGGAAUCCGUUGGCCCGCCACUGGUUGCGGUGGCUGCUGCGGCGGCAGCUAUCGGCACGGCAACAGUGGCUGCCGCGGGUGCUACCAAAACUGCGAAAGCGAAACCUGGAGCGAAGGCAGCUCCUAGAACUCCCACGGCGACCAAAACAACGAAUAAAUCAACGCCCUCGUCACCCACGAAAGCCGCGACUUCGACUCAACGGGCAGCAGGCACCGCAGCGUCGAAAAAGCCGGCUGUAGGCUCGGUAUCUCGACCGAAGCAAUUGGAGACCACUGCGAAAACAUCCGUGACGAGUGCAACGAGCAAAUCACUGGCGCCGAAAUCGGCCAGUUUGACUAAAACGACAACAGCGUCAAAAACAGCGAGUCCGCGCAGUAGCAGUUUAACGGCAUCCAAAACGAGACCAAUCGGUACGGCUUCCAAAACCGCUCCCUCAGCUACGGGUGACAAAAAACCAAUAACAAACGGCGAUGCGAAACCGCCGAGCAAACCGACUGCUCCGAAGCCAGCCACUCGAUCCAUACCCGGCGCAGCACCUGCCGCUCCAAAAGCAUUGACCAAAACAACGACGACCGCGCGUACAACUUCGAGUGCUACCACCGGAACAACGAGAUCGAGACCAUCUUCCGGUGCCGCUGCAAAACCGAAACCAGCGACAACGGGGGGGGCAUCGGGUGCGGGUGCGACCGCGCCCAUAUCUCGACCAAAAACGGCUCCGUCUUCGACAGCACCCUCGGCCGCCGGUGCAACCAAGCCGAGAGCGACUCUUCCGAAGUCACCGGCAACCGACAAACAAACCAAGGAAACGACGAACAAACAAUUAUCUUCUGCCCGCACGAAUACUUCUGCGGGGGCGAAAACCGGUCGACUUUCAGCGACGACGACAACAACCGCCAAGCGUAGUCUGACCAAUAAAAAUCCCCCGUCGGCAGCGGCUGCUGCGGCUCAGCCUCAGAAGAAACCAGCCCCCAUAACUAGACCGGGAGGUAAACUGUCAUCCUUAGCAAAGAAUACGACAAAAACAACAAUCACGACUACGACUAAAACGGAGGUGAUACAGAACGGAGUCUCGGAGAUACACGAGAAGCAAGAAGUUAUAACGAGUAAUAUCACCCAGGAAGACGUACCGCAGAAAGAUGUUUCCCCUUUGACAUCGUCGACUGAUAAUCAGCUCAUCAUGACUGCCGAUUGAAUAUCGUUAUCACGAUGAGAUCAAUGACACAAGGACCAUCGCGCGUCAGCGUAAAAUUGGAGAUAUAUAGCUUGCGCUACGGUACGCCGCGCCACUAAUUUUCUUAUGAGUUUAAAAGGUGAAUUUAAAGAGGAAAAAAAAAAAAAACGAAAAAAAAAAACACAAAAAAAAAUCCAAUGCAUUCACAGUAGUAGAUAGGAAAGUAAAGGAUAAAAUUUAUAUAUUAUACAAUUACGUCAUACGAAUAUACGAAUAUAAUAUAAAUACUCUACAUACAUACAACACACCAUAUAUCUCUGGCACAUAAAAUACCACACGUAAGCGAAUCGAAACACGGACAUCAAUGAUUUAUUUAUGUAUAUUUAUGUAUGCACACAUAUGUAUAUUCAUACACAUUUUUCUCAUAUGCGUGUGUAUGUAUACAUAUUUACAUCGAUUGAUGUUUAUUGAAAUUAAAUUUGAAAAGAAAGAACAGAAACAAAACCUUACCCAUUUAUAAUUAAGAGAAUUAUUUAAGUAAAUACAUACGAUAUAUACCACAAAAUAAAUAUUAUCGCUUUGACUGCUUCGGUGUGCUGUGAAGUUGCAUUGAUUGAUAAUUUGAGAAUCGCGGUGAAGAUGAAUUGAAGGAUGAAAAGAAGGCUUGAAAGUUUCGUUGUGUAAAUAAUUUUUGAGAGAAGAGUAAGAAAAAGAAAAAAAAUUAAAUAACAUUAAAAAAAAAUUUAAAAAAAAGAAACAAAACAAAACAAUAUUAUGCGGUGCUCUUUAACGGUACGAGCGCGGUAUUAUUAUUAUUAUUACUAUUACUAUUAUUAUUAAUAUUAAUAUGAUUAAAGUAUAGUAAAGAAAAAAAGAUAUCGAAAGAGAGAGAAAAUGAUCGAAAAAAACUAAUAAAAAAAAAAAAAGAAAAGGAAAUCAUAAUACUUGACUGUAAGAGCUACCCCCGUUAUUAUUAUUAUUACGAUUAUUAUUGUUGCGCGAAUUUUAAUCUCCGUAAGUAACACCUGACUACGUUUUACCCACGGAUUUAUUUCGAAAGAAAGAAAGAAAGUAAUAAUUAUCAGAAAAAAAGAAAAAAAAAACAAAUGUAAAGAAAUGAAUAAAAACAGCGCAAUGAAUAUCGAGAUGGUGAAAAUUUAUUAUCAAUAAUGCGACAGAAAACCGAAAGGUUUUCUCGUUAUUAUUAUUUUUCUUUUUUAAAAAACAUUUUUUAAUUUUAUAUGUGCAUGUUAUAUUUGAUAAUUAAUCAUCGUAUAUCGUAUAUUAUUAUAUAUGUAAUUCUAAAUAAUUAAUAUGAAACUCCUAUUUAUUUUGUUUGUUCCUACUGAAGUUGAGUACAUACAGAUUAUUAUUUUCGUCACCAUACAUAUAAUAUACGUACUACCAUCUGUGUACAGCACCUUUAUGAUUUAAUGUGAUACCUUAUUGAUAAAUAAAUAAAUGAUUAAAUUCGAACAGUAUGAAAAAAAAAAAAAAAGGAAGAGAGAAAUAAAUUACAACGGCAAAACAAAGUGUGUAAUGAAGUUUAUAUUAAAAUAACAACAAAAAAAAAGAAAAAAAAACACGUUGAGAAAAAUAUACAUACGUAUGUAGAUA